CGAGCCAUUCCAGCUCAUUAAGCUUGCAUUUCGGACUACUUAGACUGAAAAACUCUCCUCCUAGACAAACACUUAGAACAGGCUCACCCAGUGCCAGUGGCGACCGAAGAGACAUAUCUACAACACACUGGCCACUGAGAGUUAUUCCCCUUCUUCCCUUUCUUCAUUAAUAUCUCCACUAUCACAUCUACCCGGAGUCAUCAUCAUCAGCACACAUAAUAAUAAUAUCCUAAUUCGCCAGCACAGAGAACAACAGCUUGACAGCCUAAUCCCACGCCCAUCAACUCAUUACAUCUACUCUCCCACCAUCCAACCCUCUUCCUGCUGUUGUCAGGAUGGCUCCUCCAAGGGGCUCAGCAGGCGCCCCGAGCAGGCUCGGGAUUGGGAACGAACGAAGGCAGUACGAAAAGGAAUUCUACAAUCCGGAGUUUGAAGAGUCCCAAGUCCCUCUGACUCCAGUAGACAGACGCUCACCAAUCGUCGCCAACUUCACCGCCCCACGUUUCAACCGGAACCUUACCGAACGAGUCCGACUGCAAGGCCUGAUGGGAGGCUCCGACUUAUCCUCUCGCAAGGGCGAUUCCGAGUUUUCUGAUGAUAAUCGGCUCAGCUUCAGCUCUAACGGCCCGGUCCCCCAGCUGCCCCGCUCAACCACCAAAUUCGAUGUCGAGCGUGGCCUCAUCCUCACCUCCUUCACCACCAGGUUUAAGUCCUGGAUGGUCAAUGAGGGCUCGAGGAAGUUCUUCGUCUGGACCUGGAUCUUCAUCCACAUCAUCACCUUUGUCUUUGCAUUUCUGAACUUCUUACUCAAGGACAACCUCACCCAAGCAAGAGCCACCUUCAACAUCACUUAUCCCAUCGCUCGAGCCUCAGCACUUGUCCUGCACGUUGACGUGGCCUUUAUCCUCCUCCCAAUAUGUCGGAAUUUUAUUACUCUUCUCAGGAGAUCGGCACUGAAUCAAGUGAUCCCUUUCGAGAAGAAUAUCACCUUCCACAAGUUUACUGGCUUUGCCCUGGCCUUCUUCAGUGCGAUUCAUAUCCUAGCUCACAUGGUCAACUUUGGCCAACUGGCCGUUCGGACUCAGACCGGGAUCGUCGGCUUCAUAGGCGCUAACUUCCUCACAGGUCCCGGGGCCACUGGCUGGAUCAUGACCCUCAGCCUCGGCAUCAUCGUCUGGUACGCCCGUGAGAAACCAAGACGUGCCAAAUUCGAGCGCUUCUGGUACUCUCAUCACCUCUUCAUCGUCUUCUUUUCCGCCUGGCAAUUACACGGAAUGUUCUGCAUGAUUCAACCAGAUCGUCCUCCGUAUUGCUCGUUCAAUCAGAUUGGAGUGUUCUGGAAAUAUUGGCUCGUUGGCGGUACGAUUUUCAUCUGGGAGCGAGUAUUACGAGAAGUGCGGUCGCGCCACAAGACGUACAUCUCCAAGGUAAUCCAACACCCUUCCAACGUCUGCGAAGUGCAAAUCAAGAAAGAGAAAACGACAACCCGAGCAGGACAGUACAUCUUCCUGAACUGUCCAGAAGUUUCGUACUGGCAAUGGCAUCCGUUCACCCUGACCUCGGCCCCGGAGGAAGACUACAUCUCAGUCCACAUCCGUUGUGUUGGCGAUUUUACGAUGGAGUUUGCCGAGGCUUUGGGCUGCGAUUUUUCGCGGAACAAGGAGAAGUCGAACGCCGGUCGUCCGACGGUUUUGCCCCCGGCCACCAACCGGGUUCUCCCACGGGUGAUGGUUGAUGGUCCGUUCGGCUCGGCGUCGGAGGAUGUGUUCAAGUUCGAGGUGGUCAUGCUGGUGGGGGGAGGGAUCGGGGUGACGCCGUUCGCCUCGGUGCUCAAGUCGAUCUGGUACAAGCUCAACUUCCCCUCGGCCUCCAAACAGGGCUCGCCGAUCCGGCUCCAGAAGGUCUACUUCUUCUGGGUCUGCCGUGACUUCGACUCCUUCGAAUGGUUCAAAUCCCUCCUCUCGGCUAUCGAAGAACAGGACGUCGAUAGACGGGUCGAAUUGCACACCUAUAUCACUCAGAAACUCAAAGACGACGACAUCAACAACAUCAUCGUCUCUGACGUCGGAGGAAACAGGGAUGCUAUCACUCAACUGAGGUCUCCUACUCACUAUGGCCGACCCAAUUGGGAUCGUAUCUUUAACUCCGUCAGAGAGACACAUCCAGCCACCGAUGUCGGUGUCUUUUUCUGCGGCCCUGGACCCUUAGGACAUUCCUUACAUCUACAAUGUAACAAAUGGACCGGCGGGACCGACAAUGACACUCGAUUCUUCUGGGGUAAAGAAAAUUUCUGAAAGGAGAUCGACAGACUGGUCAAAGCCAAUCAAUCAUAUGCUCCACAUACACACCUGAGACUUCUGUUCUCUGUCUCUCUCUCUUUCUCUCACAAAAUCAAACUAAAAUAAUUUGUUACAAAAACUCGUUCUUAACGUUCUCCAUAUUUAUUGUCCCAUUUUUUGUACUUUUUAUUUUUUAUUUCAAUGAAAG